CGGCCAGUCACUCGCUGCACACCGCUUGUGACUGUUGCCUAUAAAAAAAACUGAGCUGUCAUUGUUUUUUAAGAUGGCGCGAAUUUCGAGAAUAUUAAGAUGUGCAAUUGUUUUGUUAAUAGCAGACAACACUAUGGUCAAUUUUAGGGUGUUUGCGAGAGCCAUGUCGACCAUUGCGAAGAAUUUUGAAGUCCACCAAGUUGUGCCAGAUGUAAUACCCAAAGCGCCCACUGCAUUGGUUCACGUGAAAUACAACAGCGGCGUUGAAGUGAACGAAGGCAAUGUGCUGACCCCGACCCAAGUGAAGGACCAGCCGACCAUCACGUGGGAUGCCUCCCCGGACACACUCUACACCGUCGUUAUGACUGACCCUGACGCGCCGUCCCGCGCGGAGCCGACAUUCCGCGAGUGGCACCACUGGCUGGUGGGCAACGUGCCCGGCACCAACGUGGCGGCCGGCGACACGCUCAGCCAGUACGUGGGCUCCGGCCCGCCGCAGGGCACCGGCCUGCAUCGAUACGUCUUCCUCGUCUACAAGCAGGGCCGCAAGCUGGACUUUGACGAGCCCAGGCUGACCAACAGAUCUGGCGACAACCGAGGACAGUUCUCCAUCAGCAAGUUCGCGCGGAAGUACGCUCUGGGCAACCCCAUCGCGGGUAACUUCUACCAGGCUGAGUACGAUGACUACGUUCCCAUCUUGUACCAACAGCUUGGCGCUUGAAACAACACCUAACAAGUCGGUGACACAGAGCAGGUAGUAAUUGGAGUAUGCAUGUCAACAACUAUAAAAUAAGCGAAAUGAAACAAGCUGUCAAUUAUUUGCUUCAAUUAGAGACGGGAAUAAUAUAAUACUAUAGCGUCCUAAAUAGCGUUAAGUGUUGCACAUCUUUAGGUUAAACCACUCCAUUUGCUUACUAAUCUGUGUCCCACACAAUGUCGGUUUAGAAAGUAGUUUUAAGAUAAAAACGAUUUGUAUAAAGACAGCCUUCAAGAUUUGGAUUGUAUAAGCAUUUAUUGUAUUUGUGAGUUUUUGUGAAAGCAGGCAUUUUUAUUACUAGCUUACAAUGCUUAGCAAAAUAUGAUGUGAAUUCUUUUUAUCACCAUGUAUGCAUUUAUCUUAUCGAGAUAAAGUCAUCAAAAUUAUCUUGCAAUAUAUAUUAUGUAAACAUCGUAUUGUUAUGUUUUUAUAAGAUUGUAAAUAAAAUCUUGCUGGUUAAACCAAGGCACUGAAUAAAACCUAACAAAAUGUGUACAGAUGAUUCAAAAUUGUCUUAUAUGGGUAAAUAUAUAUUGGUACGCAAUCUA